AUGGGUUCUUCAUCGCACAAGGAGAGAAAGGGGGCGGCCGCAGUCGUCGGCCGUGAGCUUGCUGCAGUGCUUCCCAACGAUCCUCGACCAUGGUAUCGCACGCCUCAUCUUCUCAAGCUCAACCUCCUCCUCUUGAUCCCUCUCGUGUCAUCCGGCGCAAUUGGCUACGAUGGAUCCAUGAUGAACGGUCUUCAAACACUCCCUCAAUGGCGACAAUAUUUUGGCAACCCUCAAGGUGCCAUGCUCGGAGCCAUGAACUCGGUCUACCCUGCCGGCAAAGUAGUUGCCCUCUUCCUCGUCACCUACGUCUGCGAUCGAUUUGGUAGAAAGACUGCCAUGGCGAUUGGCGCCUUGACAUGUGUUGCAUUUGCCAUCAUGCAGGCUGUGUCGCAGAACCUUCACACGUUCAUUGCCGCGAGAGCUAUCCUCGGAUUUUUCACCAGUUUCCUAGCUCAGCCUAGCCCUAUCCUCAUUACAGAGCUUGCGUACCCGACGCAUCGUGGCAAGCUGACAGCCCUCUACAACACUUCUUUCUACCUGGGUGGUAUCAUUGCCGCGUGGUGCACCUUCGGAACAUUCAAGCUCGACACGACGUGGAGCUGGAGAAUCCCCUCUCUUCUGCAAGGAGCUCUCCCCGCUCUUCAGCUUCUCACGAUCUACUUCCUCCCCGAAUCGCCUCGAUGGCUCGUCGCACACGGUCGAAGGGAAGAAGCUCGAAAAAUCCUGGCCGAAUACCAUGCUGGAGGUGACUACGAUGCCCCUCUUGUCCACUUUGAGAUGGCAGAGAUUGAGGGUGCUUUGACGCACGAGGCCGAUGCCAUGUCGCAGAACUCUUGGCUCGAGCUUGUCCGUACACCUGCGAACCGCAGACGUACUCUUAUCGCUGUUAUUGUUGGUUGGUUCGCUCAGUGGAACGGCAUCAACCUUGUCAGCUACUACCUCGUCCUCGUUCUCAACACUAUCGGCAUCACCGAGGUCAAGGACCAGACUCUCAUCAACGGUCUGCUGCAAAUCUCCAACUGGUUGGCUGCCAUCUUCGUUGGUGCCAUGUUGGUCGAUCGUCUCGGACGCCGAACCCUGUUCCUCACCUCGACAUGUGGAAUGUGCGUCUCAUACAUCAUCUGGACCGCUCUUAGCUCUCACUUUGCUUCGACAAGGAGUGAGGAAACUGGCCGAGCUAUUGUUGGUUUCGUCUUCAUUACUUUCUUCUUCUACGCCAUUGCGUGGGCUCCUCUGCUUCAGGCUUACAUCGUCGAGAUUUACCCCUACACUCUUCGCGGUCGUGGUGUUUCCAUCAUGUACAUCAGCACCUUUGUCGGCUUGGUGGUCGGAAACCAGGUCAACCCCAUCGCCAUGGGCAAGAUUGGCUGGAAGUACUACAUCGUCUUCUGCUGCAUCUUGGCCAUGCUCAUUGUUGUCAUCUGGUUCCUUUUCCCAGAGACCAAGGGUCACACGCUUGAGGAGAUCCAAGAAGUGUUUGAGGGCAAGAAUGGUGCUCUCCACGCUGGAAAGCUUGCGGAUAUCGAGGGUGGAGAUUUGGAGAAGGAGAACAAGAAGGACAAGGUUGAUCAGGUUGAGCUUGCUUAA